GACAGCGUUCUUGUGCAUGAACAAAAAACGCGCUUCCAAAAGACAAUAACGAACACAUGAAAGUUGUCCACAAAGACACCCCUGUAGCGCUUCACUACGGGAGCGCACCCCGAACUUUGAAAAAGAUCUCUCCGCCUGCAAACCGGUUUGCUCUGUGUACCCGGACUGCCACCAUGAAGACAGGUUAAGGAGCGGAAGGAGAUAUAGAAGAGUAAGAACGAGUGAGAGAGAGAAAGAGCAAGGGAGGAGAGAGAAGGAUGGAGGCCUUGCUGCCAGUGUUGCAGGGGCAUCCGGGACUCUCUGUGAUCGCCUUUGCCGUGGCCUUCCGCUGCGUCCACCACCUGCUGCGGAACCUUCCAGUGCCCGAUGAGGUACAGCAGGAUGCGUUCCGCUUCUGGAAAUGGAGGAACCUGUCGGUGUCGAUGGUCCAUUCCCUAGUGACCGGCAUCUGGGCUGUGACCUGCUUGGUCCGAGAGCCAAUGAUGCGGCAGGAAAUCUACUCUUACUACACUCCAGCUUCCUAUCUCCUCGUCUGUGUGUCCUCAGGUUACUUUGUACAGGAUGCUUGUGACAUCAUCCUUACCGGUCAUGCGAAGGGCUCAUGGGAGUUCUUGAUUCAUCAUUUUCUGGUGCUGUGCAGCUUCCUGUACACGUUGUUCACGCGGCACUACGUGGCGGGCGCCACUAUCGCCCUCCUGGUGGAGGUGAACAGCACCACGCUGCACACGCGCCUCAUGCUCAAGCUGGCGGCGGCCCAGUUCUCUCCGUUCUACGGCUUCAACAAGCUGCUCAACGUCUUCACCUACGUGUGCUUCCGCCUGAGCGCGCAGUUCUUCCUCACCUGGUACAUCGCGCACAACUACAGCUGGCUGGACCACGCCGGCUACUUCAUGGUCACCAUGAUCCUCAUGAACAUCAUGAUCCUGAUCUACUUCUACAGGCUGCUCCGCGCCGACUUCUUCCCCCGUCGGAAGAGCGGCAGCGGCGCGACACAGAAUGGAACACACAACAACAGCAACGCCACCCCCAGGUUCCUCAACGACUGAGGAAGAGGAAGGGAAGCUUCUAGAGAAACCUUUCUGUUUUUGAUUUUUUUUAAAAAAAAAUUUGUAUUUCUUUAUGUCUAGGUUGGUUGUGUGUGUGCUUGGUUUCCAUGGAGGUUCCAAACAAGCACGUUUCCAUGACUCCCACAUCUCACACCCUCCAAGCGCUCUCAUUAAAACCAAGUGAAGUGCUCUGGAUCUGAACAGCCAGCCGUGUGCAGUGUUUCUGACUUAACACCAGUCUACUUCUGCAACGUUUACAUAAUGCUUGACUAAAUCUUGCAUACUCAAAUGCCCUUCAUAUCUCUUUGCGUGUUGUUGGUGGUAUGCCAGUGUGAGACCGCAAAGAGGACAGCUACCUCAGUGCGGGCCUAGGUAGAGUCUCACUUCACAUGAAGCCCCAUACAGGCUGAAAGGCUGCAGACUGAUCAAUUUACCACCAUGCCGGACUCUGGCCGGUCAUAUCAUAAGGGUUGUGAUUGACCCAAACGUGUUUGUAUGUGUGUAGCAUAGCAUUAGAACUGACAAAGUUUUGUGUCCAUCUGUCUUAGUACCUUGUUAAGGACAUUUAGUUGUGUUAGACAUUAAGCUGUAUUCUUUUUUUUUUUUUUUUAACAGAGCCAUGGCUUGGCACUGAAAAGAAAAGUUAUUAAAAAAUCUACAUCAUGAA